ACUCUUCACAAAUUAACAAUUCCUUGCUCUUCUCUGCAAUUCGAUUCAAUUCAAGUUGCUGUUCAAGUUUGUUUACAAUGACUAAGUGUCAGAAGGUUGGCAAUAGGCUUCUUGUGGAGGAAUCCAUUGAAGAUGACAACUCUGUGAUAGCAUUGCACCCACAUACCAUGAAGGAGCUAAACUUGUUUACUUAUGACACUGUGUUGCUCGGGGGCAAGAGGAAGAGGGAAACUGUUUGCUGCGCGGUUGCUGAUGAAACUUGUGAUGAAUCGAAAAUAAGGCUGAGUAAGGCUGCAAGAACAAACCUGAGGGUGAAGCCUGGUGACAGGGUUUCUGUUCAUAUUUGUGACGAUGUAAUGGAUGCAGAGAGAGUUCACAUUCUGCCUCUUGAUGACACUGUUGAUGGCAUAACUGGGGACUUGUUUCAUACGUAUUUGCAGCCUUACUUUGCUGAGUCUUACCGUCUUGUGCAAAAGGGUGAUCUUUUUCCUGUAAAAGGAGAGAUGGGGAGUGUGGAUUUUAAGGUUGUUGAAACUGAACCUGGUAAGCACUGUGUGGUUACUCCUGAGACUGAGAUUUUUUGCGAAGGGGAGCCGGUGAAGAGAGAUGAUGAGGAGAGGCUUAAUGGUGUUGGUUAUGAAGAUAUUGGGGGUGUGAGGAAACAAUUGGGGCAGAUUAGAGAGUUGGUGGAGUUGCCGCUGAGACAUCCACAGCUUUUUAAGGCUAGUGGCAUUAAGCCACCUAAAGGGAUUUUGCUUUAUGGACCUUCUGGAACUGGAAAGACAUUGCUUGCAAAAGCUAUUGCUAAUGAAACAGGAUGCUUCUUUCUGUGUAUUAAUGGACCUGAGAUUACGUCUGGUAUGGCUGGUGAGAGUGAGAGUAAUCUCAGGAAAGCAUUUGCUGAAGCUGAAGAGCAUGCUCCUUCAAUAAUAUUUAUUGAUGAGAUUGAUUCGAUUGCUCCUAAACGUGAAAAGACGCAAGGUGAAGUGGAGAGGAGGGUCGUUUCUCAGCUGAUGACUCUUAUGGAUGGGAUGAAAUCUUCUGCACGUGUCAUGGUUAUUGGAGCCACAAAUAGGCCUAACAGCAUGGACCCUGCAUUGAGGAGGUUUGGGAGAUUUGACAAGGAAAUAGAUAUAAGUGCUCCGGAUGAAGUUGGUCGCCUAGAGGUUCUUCAAAUUCAUACAAAGAGCAUGAAGCUUUCAGAAAAUGUAAAUUUAGAAAAGGUAGCCAGGGAAACUCAGGGAUUUGUUGGGGCAGAUCUUGCAGCUCUCUGUACUGAAGCUGCACUACAGUGCAUUAGAGAAAAUAUGGAUAGAAUUGAUGUAGAAGAUGAGACCAUUGAUGUUCAGAUACUCAAUUCAAUGAAUGUCACAGAUCAGCACUUUAAUACUGCUCUUGGAACCAGCAACCCUUCCGCUCUGCGCGAAACAAUUGUAGAAAUGCCCAAAGUCAGCUGGGAAGACAUUGGCGGCCUUGAUAAGGUUAAGAGGGAGCUUCAAGAGACUGUUCAAUAUCCAGUGGAGCAUCCUCAAAUGUUUGAGAAGUAUGGCUUGUCACCUUCAAGAGGUGUUCUCCUUUAUGGCCCUCCUGGUUGUGGGAAAACCUUGCUGGCUAAGGCAAUUGCAAAUGAAUGUAAAGCAAAUUUCAUAAGUAUCAAGGGUCCAGAGCUCCUUACAAUGUAUUUUGGAGAGAGUGAAGCCAAUGUCAGGGAUGUUUUUGACAAGGCUCGUCGCUCUGCUCCUUGUGUUCUCUUCUUCGAUGAACUGGAUUCUAUUGCCAUUCAUAGAGGAAGCCGGGUAGGUGAUGCUGGUGGCACCACUGACAGAAUUCUGAAUCAACUGUUGGCAGAGAUGGAUGGUUUGUCAGCAAAGAAAAUGAUUUUUGUAAUCGGGGCUACCAAUAGGCCACAUGUUAUUGAUCCUGCACUUCUAAGGCCAGGUCGCCUCGAUCAAUUGAUAUACAUACCUUUGCCAGAUGAGAGUUCUCGACAGCAAAUUUUCAAGGCGUGCCUAAGAAAGUCUCCUGUCUCAAAAGAUGUUGACCUUGCAGCACUUGCCAAGCUUACAGUAGGCUUUAGUGGUGCUGAUAUCACAGAAAUCUGCCAAAGAGCAUGCAAAUUUGCAAUCAAAGAAGAGAUUGAGAAGAGUAUCGAAAGGGAAAAAGUGAAGAAUCCUGAAGCUAUGGAACAGGAUUCCGCAAAGGAAGUUUCUGAAAUCAAGCUCACGCAUUUCCAAGGGGCUAUGAAGUGUGCCCGUAUGAGUGUUAGUAAUACUGAUCUCCACAAGUACCAGGCUUUUGCUCAAACCUUGAGUCCAGUCUCAUCAUCUGCUGCUGGUGGCCAUUAGGAUGAUGCUCUUCAAGAUUGCUACGAAUUGAUGUUUAAUUAGGUAAUUCUAGCAUCUAUUGCUGGUUUAAUUUUGACACAUUCUAUUAUGAUGUUGUAAUUUCCUAAGAAGUGAAAAUUAACAAAGCUUUGAAUGUCCUACUGCAAAAUAGGUCUUAUACCAUCUUUUCUUAAUUGUCACUAUUAAUUGGUAAAUCUUGCAUGAAUCCCACAAGCUUUUUUGAAA